GUUACAUCAUGCGUUCCAAGCCUCCUUUUGGAAGCAAACUCAAGCUGCUGGAACGCAAACCGGAAGUUAUUGUGGUUUACACAGAAUAUGUGAAUUUCAAGCUUUUUUCUAAUAAUUGUGGGGGUUUCAAGAGCAAAAAAAAAAAUGAGAAUUCAAUAACGCAAAGAGGAGAUGGAUCGGGACCGAGGAAGUCUCAGUUGGGACUGGAAUUGUCCUCAUACCCGAAGACAAUUGGAAGAUCUUUUCUUUGGUGAAAAAAGCUAUAUCAAGUUUGGUACUGAAGAGAACAAAGAAUUCUGGGUGUUUUUUGAUCGCUUCCAAAGAUUUCAGAGCCGUCAGAAACGUGAUGGGCAAGAGAAGGAGAGGGAGGCACAGGACAAAUCUAAUAAUGAGUUGAAGGACCUUCCUAAGCAUUAUGAUCCAAGAUAUCGAAUCAAUGUGUCAAUUGUUCUAAACAAAGAUCUGGAGAAGAUGCUUCGUGGUCGUCAUGAGAAGGUCCAUAGAUCCAGAGAUUAUAGAGACUUGCCAAAAGAGAAGCUGGCUGAGUUUAAGAUGGCCAUCCUUCACUACCUUGACUUUAUGCAGAAGCAAAGUUUUGCAAAACUAUCAAAGCUUAGGAAGGAAAGGUCAAGUUUACCCAUUUUCCAGUACAGGGAGAAGGUUGUGCAGAUGGUGAAGAAGCACCAGGUGGUGGUAGUGGCAGGUGAUACUGGAUGUGGGAAAUCCACACAGGUACCACAGUAUUUGUUGGCUGCAGGGUUUGGACACAUUGCCUGUACCCAGCCACGCCGGAUUGCCUGUAUUUCGUUGGCAAAACGAGUUGGGUUUGAGAGUCUCAAUCAAUAUGGAUCAAAGGUCGGCUUCCAAAUCCGUUUUGAAAGUAGCCGCUCUCCUGCUACGAAGAUCGUGUUUCUCACUGAGGGUUUGCUGUUGCGCCAGAUCCAAAAGGAUCCUGAGAUUCCUCUGUAUCAGGUGCUGAUUGUUGACGAGGUUCACGAAAGACACCUGCACAGUGACUUUCUUCUUGGUGUCUUGCGCAAGCUCCUUCCUCUGCGGCCAGAUCUGAAAGUGAUUCUUAUGUCAGCCACAAUCAACAUCAAACUUUUCUCUGGAUAUUUUGACCAAGCUCCUGUCCUGCAAGUGCCCGGGAGACUGUUUCCCAUACAGGUCAUUUACCAGCCGAUCCCUCAGGAGGAGUCUGCAUCCAAAACAGAAAAGCUUGAUCCACGUCCUUACCUCCGUGUUUUGCAAGCCAUUGAUAACAAGUAUCCUGCUGAGGAACGGGGAGACCUUCUUAUCUUCUUGAGCGGUGUAUCUGAGAUCAGCAGCGUACAGGAAGCCAUACAAGUGUACGCCACCCACACACAGCGCUGGAUUGCUCCCCUCCACAGCACAUUGUCCAUAGCGGAUCAGGAUAAGGUUUUUGAUUUGGCUCCUCCAGGUGUCAGAAAGUGCAUUAUCUCUACCAACAUUGCUGAAACGUCUGUCACCAUAGAUGGCGUUAGAUUUGUACUUGAUUCCGGGAAGGUGAAAGAGAUGAGUUUUGACCCUAAGGCCAAAAUGCAACGUUUGCAGGAGUUCUGGAUCAGCCGGGCGAGCGCUGAGCAAAGAAAAGGCCGUGCUGGAAGAACAGGGCCAGGAGUGUGUUAUCGUCUUUUUGCGGAGUCUGAUUAUGAUGCGUUUGCUGCAUAUCCAAUCCCGGAAAUUCAGAGAGUCGCCUUGGAUGCUCUCGUUCUGCAGAUGAAAAGUAUGGGUUUGGGGGAUCCCAGAUGCUUUCCUUUCAUUGAGCAGCCCCCCAUGUCCAGCUUAGAAACGGCCAUUUUGUACCUUCGAGAUCAGGGCGCAUUGGGUCCAUUGGAGGAGCUCACACCGAUUGGAAAUUUGCUGGCCAAGUUGCCAGUAGAUGUAGUUAUUGGGAAGAUGCUAAUAUUGGGCUCUCUAUUCAGUUUGGUGGAGCCAGUCUUGACCAUCGCUUCCGCACUUAGCGUGCAAUCUCCCUUUCUCCGAAGUGCCACUAAUAACCCAGAGUGCGCCACAGCUAGGAAACCACUUGAAAGUGAACAUGGAGACCCCUUUACUCUGCUUAAUGUCUUCAAUGAGUGGGUCCAGAUCAAAUCAAACAGGAGCAGCAACUCCAGAAAGUGGUGCCGAAGACGGGGACUGGAAGAGCAGAGGUUAUAUGAGAUGACAAACCUUCGCCGUCAAUUCAAGGAGCUGCUUAAAGACCAUGGAAUGUUAGAAGAUAUCCAGCUUCAACAUAGAGACCGUAACAGCCGCCAGAGAAUGCACAGAGAACGCAAAGAGCUGCACCAUCUUAAGCGAGAACAUGAACGAACAGAAAAACGCAAGCGCAAAGUGUUGAAACUAGAGGAAGGGGGCGAGGGUUCCUCUAGUGAUGGCGAAGAAACGACUAACCGAGACCACACCAGAGAUAACGUGGACAUUCAGGAUGUGAAGUUUAAGCUGAGGCAUAACGUGGAUGAACUUCGGGAAUCCUCGAGCAUGGGCCAGGAGCUCUCCAGCCAGCAGGUGUCCUUGCUCAAGCUUAUCGUGUGCCAUGGCUUGUACCCACAGCUGGCAGUACCUGACGGAUUCAAUAGUUAUCGCAAGGAUUCCGACCAGCGGAUCCUGGGAAGGGGCCCCCACCAAUCUUUGAAUUCAGUCUUAGUAGUGUACCUGGCCUUACCGUCUGAUUUCUAA